GUGUCAACAACGCGGUGAACUACUUGCCAUCGCUGGGCCAUGACAUCCUCUUUUUUUUUUAUUUUUCCCCCCUCGAAUAAGCUCAUUGAUUCGUCGUUAAAGAGAGAUUUUGAUUGAGUGUCGAGGACAGUCUUUUCCGCUGUCGAACGCAAGUGUUGCAACGUGUUAUGAAGGUGAUCCAGCACUCUGCAGAGACACUGCAAACAGCUUUGGCCUCUGAUCUUCAGGACUUGGUUAAACUUUACAAUAAGUACACAAAAGAAGAAAGGCGUCUUCUGGAGGAAGCAUUCCACCCGGGGCAGCCGGGUUCCCUUUUCCAACCCAUCGCAGUGCACUCUGACUCAGACUGGAUCCCCGCUCACCCUGAGGAGCCUCAAGACUUUGAGAGCUUCUACAGAGACCCCUACCGGAAGACCCCCAAUGCAAGCUGCAACGCUAUUUAUAUUCAAACCAUAGGUUCCUUCGGGGAGGCGGGGGUCCAGACAGAACAGUAUGUGGAGUGGCUUAGACAAUACUGUCAGGCCUUCUUCUAUGGACUUUCUGUCAAGUUGCUGCCGGCAGUUACUGUGGCUGAAACGGGAUGCUCAUUCCGAGUCAACAGUAACUCACACAACCUUCAGAUCCUCACUGGUGACCUGCUACGAUUUCUGGUCAAUAGGAAACCAAAAGAUGCUUUUUGUAUCGUUGGAAUCACAAUGAUUGACCUGUACCCCAAAGACUCCUGGAACUUUGUCUUUGGACAGGCUUCUCUCAGUAUGGGGAUGGGUGUUUUCAGCUUUGCCAGGUAUGAUGACAACUUCUACAGCAGAAAUUAUGCAGGGAGGCUAAAGAAACGGCUUCAGCCAAAGCAGGGGGACUACUCUGUGUUUGACGGAUAUUACACUCCCCCUAUCUCCAGCACUCUGCUGCUUCGAUCCUGCAAGACAAUGACGCAUGAAAUUGGCCAUAUGUUUGGAAUAAGGCAUUGCCAGUGGUUGAACUGUGUCAUGCAGGGCUCCAACCAUCUAGAGGAGUCUGAUCGUAGGCCUUUGGAUUUCUGUCCCAUCUGCCUUCGCAAGCUACAGGUUUCAAUUGGCUUCAAAAUAGCUGAAAGAUACAAGGCCUUACUGCACUGGAUGGAGGAGGAUCAGAGACCAACAUCUAGACCAGAGGAGGCCUCUGGCUGUCAGUCUUCACUCUACUUUCCCAAACCCACUGAAGCCUUUCAUGCAUCCACGCUUUGGCUCCGCAGGUGCCUGGACAUACUGGAAAAAAGAUGAACUAUAGUAUUUUCCUGGGGAUCUGGAAAUUUCCUGAUCCUAUUGAUUCUAUCUAGAGAGGAAUGAGACAUCAAAACCUUUCAUGUACACCAUGCAACAUUUUUUUGUGCUUAAGAUUUCUGCUGCUGUAUGAUACAAAAAUUAAUCUUCAAGUUGUGUAUGAAUGUUACGCACAAUUUCAGAACGACCACAGGGCACACCCCUUAUAUUUUGCACUAACAGGUGUUGGCUCCCCAUAGAUAUAUACAGUAUGUGGAAGUAGAGACUCUUCAUAUUAACAUCAUCAAGUAUAUAUUGAGUAAGCAGUUUGGACACACACCUUGGGCACCUGUGGUUCCAGAGCAAAUGAAAAAAUUGGUUCAGCUUAAUAUGUUUUUUUAAUGUAAAUUAAGGAUGCUAUAUGUACGUAAAUUAUUUUUAUGUGAGAGGGUAUAAUAUUCUAUCAACAUGAGGUAAACUAGCUUGGGACACUUCUUAUCCACUCCUUUAGAUAGUUGUUCCAAUAAAGUAACUUGCCUCUUAGCUUUCUGUUAGAGUUCCGAGGUGGAUGUGUUUUUUAAUAUUUGGAAUAGCAACCAGAAAAGCUUAUUGUAGUGUAUCGGAUCUUCUUUAUCAUAUUUUGCAGUGAAGAUGCGACAAAUACAGGAGCACUUUGAACGGUUUCUUAAAGGUAAAGGUUGAUAAAAAGAAACCAUUACACAUAAUUCACAGGUUCAAAUCACUCCAUUUCUUUAUUGUGACUGAACAGAUUUUCAUUAGAAAAAUAGUUUGAGUCUGACAUCUCAUAUCACAUAACAGUGCAUUGUCAGC